AAUGGCUGGCCCUCCACCUUCAGACGAGCUCAUAUUUUUUGUGAAUGGCAGAAAGGUAAUUGAAAGGUGUGCUGAUCCUGAGGAACUGUUGCUUAAUUACCUGAGAAAGAGCCUCCGCCUCACAGGAACCAAGUAUGGCUGUGGAAUUGGAGGCUGUGGAGCCUGCACUGUCAUGGUCUCUACAUACAACCCAGACUGUAAGAAGAUACGACAUUUCCCAGCCAACUCUUGUCUGCUCCCAUUGUGUUCGUUGUACGGUGCUGCAGUGACCACCGUGGAAGGAGUCGGAAGCACUAAAACCAAACUUCAUCCCAUUCAGAAAAGGCUCGCUAAGUGCCACGGCUCCCAGUGUGGCUUCUGCACCCCCGGAAUGGUGAUGUCAAUGUAUUCUCUGCUAAGGAAUUACCCAGAACCCACCAUGGAGCAGAUAUCGGCUGCACUGGAUGGCAACUUAUGCCGUUGCACUGGGUACAGACCUAUAAUUGACAGCUUCAGUGCUUUCUCUCAGGAGCGCUGUCCCCUGGCAGGGAGUGGAAAGUGUUGCUUGGAUCAAGAAGAUGAGAAGAGGAGCGAAAAAGAAGAAGAUUUAGCUCCAGAGCCUAAAAGAGGAGAUCGGAUGUGUUCAGGUCUCUGCCAGCCAGAAGACUUCCAGCCCAUGGACCCAACCCAAGAUUAUAUAUUUCCACCUGAACUCAUGAGAAUCGCUGAAGAAAGCAAACGAAGAACUCUGGUUUUCAACGGAGAAAGAACUACAUGGAUUUCUCCUGUUGCUCUCCAGGAACUUCUGGGCCUGAAAGCCAAGUACCCGAUGGCCCCUCUUGUGGUAGGGAACACAAGUAUAGGACUUGACGUGAGAAAGCUGGGUGUUUGGUAUCCAGUUAUCCUUCAUCCUGCUAGGGUUCCAGAUCUGCAUGUUGUCUACAGAGUGAGCAAUGGGAUUGUGAUCGGUGCCGCAACCCACUUGGCCCAGCUGAGGGACAUCCUGUUAAAUGUGGUCCCAGAACUCCCUGUAGAAAAGACAAAGAUUUACCGUACUCUGUUGAAGCAGCUGAGAACGCUGGCAGGAGAACAGAUCAGGAAUCUGGCUUCCUUAGGAGGACACAUUGUAAGUAGAGGGUCACCUUGGGAUCUGAACCCCGUCCUGGCAGCCGGGAAAGCUAUCCUCAAUCUGGCAUCAAGAGGUAGAAGACGACAGAUUCCCCUGAAUGGUGAAUUCCUCGCACGGUUGCCAGAGGCAGAUCUUUUCCCCGAGGAGGUCAUAGUCUCCGUUUUUAUUCCAUUUUCAAAGAAAGAUGAAUUUGUGUCCGCGUUCAGACAGGCUGAGCGGAGGAAGAACGCGUUGUCAGUGACCAAUUCGGCAAUGCAAGUCCGGUUCCAGGCGGGCACUGAUGUCAUCGAGGACCUGACGAUUUUAUAUGGAGGCAUUGGCUGUACCACAGUGAGCGCCCCGAACACCUCUCAGAAGCUACGAGGAAGAGAGUGGAAUGAGAAGAUGUUGGAUGAAGCCUGCCGGCUCAUUCUUGAGGAGAUUCAGCUCUCCCCUUCAGCAGUAGGCGGAAAAGUGGAAUACAGACGAACUCUACUCGUUAGCUUCUUUUUCAGAUUCUAUUUGGAAGUGCUACAAGAUUUAAAGUACAUGUACCCAUCCAAGUAUCCUGACUUGCCAAAGGAAAACUUGAGCGCCCUGGAAGAGUUCCGUGACCAUCCCCCACAGGGUGUGCAAGAAUAUCAGGAUGUGGACCCCCAGCAGCCUCCUCAGGACCCAGUGGGGCGUCCCAUCAUGCAUCAGUCUGGGAUUAAGCAUGCCACUGGUGAGGCCGUCUACACCAAUGACAUUGGUCCAAUAGAUGGACAGCUCUAUAUGGCGGUGGUGACCAGCACACGAGCGCAUGCGAAGAUUCUAUCCAUCGAUUCCUCUGAGGCCUUAGAAGCUCCAGGAGUGGUUGCUGUGGUAACGGCUGCUGAUAUUCCAGGGGAAAAUGGCGAUGAACAUGAGGAAGUGUUUGCUGAAAAGGAGGUAAUAUACGUUGGUCACAUCAUCUGUGGUGUGGUUGCAGAGACCUAUGAGCUUGCGAAGGAAGCCACCAGAAAAGUGAAGAUAGAAUAUGAAGAUCUGGAACCGAUUCUGACUAUUCAGGAUGCCAUACAGCAUAAUUCGUACUUCGAUAAAGAAAAGAAAAUAGAGCAAGGGAAUGUGGAGGAAGCGUUUCAAACAGUUGACGGAAUCAUUGAAGGUGAAAACCGUGUUGGAGGACAAAACCAUUUUUACAUGGAAACAAACAGUAGUGUUGUCAUUCCAAGAAAAGAGGAUAAUGAAAUUGAUAUAUAUGUCUCCACCCAGGAUGCUUCGAAUGUACAGGAAUUAGUGGCUACAACACUGGACAUCCAGUCCAAUAGGAUCAGGUGCCACACAACACGAGUGGGUGGAGCUUUUGGAGGGAAAUGCACAAAACCUUCCUUUUUCGCUGCCGCCGCCGCAGUAGCAGCACACAAAACUGGCUGCCCGGUUCGCUUAACUCUGGAACGAGAUGAUGACAUGUUCAUAUGUGGAGGCCGGCAUCCUUUUUUUGGGAAAUAUAAGGUGGGGUUCAUGAAUGAUGGAAAAAUCAAAGCUGUUGACCUUGAGUACUAUGUAAACGCUGGGUGUACACAAGACGAAUCUGUAUGGGUAAUAGAAUGGGUAGUGCUAAAAAGUUUUAAUGCUUACGACAUCCCCAACUUCCGAUGUCGCGGACGUGCCUGCAAGACUAAUCUGCCAUCGAAUACUGCAUUCCGAGGAUUCGGUUUCCCACAAACGGCUCUUUCUGCAGAAAUGUGGGUUUCCGCUGUGGCAGACAGGCUUGGUUUGCCUCAUGAUAAGGUCCGGGAGAUGAACAUGUUCAAAACAGUUACCCUCACUCCCUUCAAAGAAGAGGUCGAUGCCAGGAAUCUGGUUGUGUGUUGGAAAGAAUGCUUGGAGAGGUCUGACUAUUACAACCGGAGGAAAGCAAUAGAGGAAUUUAACAAGCAAAACUACUGGAAGAAGAAAGGGAUCGCCAUCAUUCCCAUGUUGUUUUCGGUUGGAUACAACAGCACGCACUACCACCAGGCUGCAGCUCUGGUGAACAUCUAUGUAGAUGGGUCAGUGUUGGUGCUUUGUGGUGGAUGUGAGCUGGGACAAGGGCUUUUCACCAAGGUGCUACAGGUUGCCGGCCACGAAUUAAUGAUACCCCUAUCUUAUGUACAUAUUUUUGAAAGAAGUACCGUUCCAAUACCCAAUGCCAUUGUCACAGCGGGAUCCAUUGCCUCCGAGGUCAACUGUAAAGCUGUCCAGAACGCUUGCCGGAUUCUCCGGAAGCGCCUGGAGCCAGUCAUUAAAGAAAACCCAGAAGGCAAAUGGGAAGACUGGACUAAAAAAGCUUUUGAGGAAAGCAUCAGCCUCUCAGCUACUGGCUACUUCAAAGGAUACUUCACCAAUAUGGACUGGGAGACUGGAAAAGGCCACGCUUUCCCAUACUUCGUUUUUGGUGUUGGUUGCUCCGAAGUUGAGAUUGACUGCCUGACAGGGGACCAUAAGAAUCUCCAAACAGACAUUGUUAUGGAUGCCUGUUACAGCAUCAAUCCGGGAAUCGACAUAGGACAGAUUGAAGGUGGCUUUAUACAGGGACUUGGACUUUUCACUCAAGAGGAAAUAAAAUUCUCCCCGGAAGGAGCACAGUAUACACGGGGUCCGGACACGUACAAAAUCCCUGCUGUCUGUGAUGUCCCGGAAUUGUUUAGAAUCUACUUGCUACCAGACACAAGGAACCCCAUUGCAAUCUACUCCUCCAAGAGUAUGGGGGAAGCUGGACUAUUCCUGUCAGCCUCUGUGUUCUUUGCGAUCAAGGAUGCAGUGGCUGCUGCCCGGAAGCAAAGAGGAUUGAAUGGCGUUUUUACACUGGACAGUCCGCUGAACGUAGCAAGGAUUCGCAUGGCCUGUGCCGAUCAUUUUACAGAGAUGAUUCCAAAGGAUGAACCUGGAACCUUUAAACCAUGGGCUAUUGAUAUAAAUUAAAAUAUUCGGCUUUUCCACCAGAACUUUGAGAUUGUCUUAGUAAAUUGUUGAUCUGUGAUUCCAGGCCUACGUAAUCACAGAAACAAUAUCAGUCUUUCGGAUAAGACAUAUUUUAGGUUCCAGAGGGAUAGCAGAUCCUAAAAUUCAUUCAAAAAUGGGGGGGGGGGGAAAUGUACCCCAGACUUCUUCAUCUGAGGGCAGUACCAAAGGCUAUGCACCAUUUCUGCCCAAUUUGACAGA